GUUCACGUGUAUUUUGUAUGUUUCUCUGCAUAACAAUUGGCACAACCAUGAUUGUCCUAGGUUCCUUAUAUAUAGACAAGUGUCCAGUGGAGCCCAAAAUUCCUAUCUAUCUUAUAGUGUCAGGAGCUGUUUAUUUGGCUGGAUUUAUACUUUAUUUACUGAAGACUGUCUCUGUAAAAUGUACUUGUUUCUUGGAGAUAAUAUUGAGCCUUUUUUCAUUGUGCUGGUUUACUGCAGGAAGCAUCUGGGUAUUUAGCAUCUAUCAAGAUAAUAGAAACUGUGAUGAUAUAAUCUAUAAAUUCACAUUUGGAGUCUUGAUAUUGAAAUAUAUCGUCUUAACCUUUAUUUCUGCAAUUGUUUGUCUAUGCUGCUGUUUCAUCUGUUUUUUGUCUGCACGAAUGCCCAUGGAUGCUAAAACAGAAACCGCCCAUCUGGUCUCGGCAGAAAACUAAGUUGACACACUUAUUUGAAAUAACUGCAUUUUGAUGGAUAAUUAAAUUGGAAGAAAUACAUUGUACAUAAAAAAUCUUAAAAAGUUAAUAUAUUUGUCUUUUGAUGAUGGUUUUGUUAUAUAUAAAUGUAAUUG